UCAAAGCUUGAGGCUCUUAAAGAAAAUAAAGAUAUAAAUAUAGAUCAAACACGUGUCCUUAGUGGUCGUGGUCGAAAAGCAAUGUAUCCUGGGUUAGAAAAAAAAUUAGUGGAUUAUAUUAAAAAAAAGAGAGAAGAAAAACUUGCGGUUACAACGUCCAUGAUUAGGAAAAAGGCAAAGAAGUUAAGAAAGACCCUAGAUAUUAGGGAUGCCAAAUUUUCGUGUAGCUGGUGUGAUCGUUUUAGAAAACGACAUGGUUUGCCCAGAGGCAUAUUUCCACAAGAUAUCAUUGUCGCAGCAGCACCUUAUGCAAAUAUGAAAGGUGAUCUAAUGAUUUCUACCUAUAUACCACAAGCUAUUCGAUCAAGACCAAAUGGUUUUUUUAAAAGUAAAGGUAUUAUAUUUGUUGAUGGUCAUCGAAGUCAUGUCCGUGAUGAUGUAAAAAAAGCAUUUAAAGCAGAGGGGCUAGAUCUUUUAGAAAUACCUGGAGGAACAACUAGUCCAUUUAAAAAUGGAGUAAGACAAAGAAGAGAACACUGGAUUGAUGAAGGAAAAAUAGUACUUACUAAAAAUGGAAAUCGUAAAAAAGCCUCGUAUGAACUUGUCUGUGAAUGGGUGUCUAAAACCUGGAAGGAGAUUAGUCCUAAUAUUUUAGUUAGGUUUUUCGAAGCAGCUGGACUUAUGCUUAAUCCAGAUGGUAGUAAAAAUGAUAAAAUGUCCCAAUGUCUUCAGGCAAUUGUUCAAGCUGUCGCUAAAAACCGGACGAAUGAAUUGAAUAUAAAUGAGUUAUUGGAUGCACUUCCAGAAGAUGAAAAUGAAAGCGUGAUGGAUGUGGAAAAUCAAACUGACAAUGAAGAAAAUACCACUGAAGAAACUGAUGAUGAAAAUGCAAUGGAUUAUGAAUAUGUAACAGAUGAUGAUGAAAGAAUGAUAGAAUAA